GCCUGUGUGUUACCUUUAUAGUUUAGUCAUGUGUUCAGAGUGACAGAAAUCUGACACUCUAAAGGGACAUGGUUCUUCCUGAAGGAUCUGUGUUUGUUAUUCCAAACACAAUCAGAAAGCUUCUUUAACCAGGAUGGCACGUAUGUUUGUAUAUGGGACUCUUAAAAAAGGCCAACCCAACCACAGCUUCAUGACCAGCAGUACCAAUGGGAUAGCAGAAUUCCAAGGCCGGGGUCGCACAGCAGACUUAUAUCCUUUGGUGAUUGGAAGCAAACAUAACAUUCCCUAUUUGCUGAAUGUCCCAGGAAAAGGACACCACGUUACUGGAGAGAUCUAUUCUGUUGAUGACCAGAUGCUGCAAUUCCUUGAUGAAUUUGAAGGCUGCCCAGACACGUAUCAACGCACUCCAGUGAGGAUUGAAAUAUUAGAGUGGGAAGGUAAAAGCAGUGCACCUGAGGAGAGGCCAGCUGUUAACAGCAUUAUGGAAUGCUUUGUGUACAGCACAACUACCUACCCGCCAGAGUGGAUAAAUCUCCCUUACUAUGACAAUUAUGAUUCCUUUGGGAAACACGGCCUUCGUUAUAAUCCACGGGAAAAUAGAUGAAAAAUGGUAAGGAACACUCAUGAGUAAGAAGAUGAAUAAAACACAUGUUGAUUAUAAGAUGACCUCAUCUUCAUUUGCCACUAUUAUCAGGCUUUUUUGGAAAUGCAUAGUAGUAUGUUUAGCGAAGAUCAAAACUGACUUGUAAAGUCAACAUUAUGGAAAUCUACACUGGAUAUGAGGUUUUGUUGCAGUUUAUCUCAGAGAUGAUUUUAACACAUUGUACUGAUCAUUUAGGGUUUGUUUGAUUUGUACUCUUGCUGUCUGCUCCAACGGUAUUACCUUAAAGGUGUUCAAAAAGAAAGGUAAAGUUGUAAAAUUUAAAUGAACCCAGUGGCAUAGAGGCUAACGUUUUAUACGCUCAACAUUCAUUCUGUGCUAUAAUAUAAUUUUGUUGCCUUGCUUUUAAUAUUAAAAUAACUUUGGAAUGAA